AUGUGUUCCGCAGACAUCUUCCUCGGCCUCCUGGCCCUGCUCUUCCCGCCUCUCCCAGUCUGGGUAAAGCGCGGCAUCUGCGGCGCAGACUCAAUAAUCAACAUCCUCCUCUGCCUCCUAGGCUACAUCCCAGGCCUCAUCCACGCCUGGUACAUCAUCGCCAAGUUCCCCGAGCCAGACUACGAAUACGACUCCGUCCCGCAACAGGACCGCGAGGGCGGCAACGGCCGCGUCACAUACGUCUUUGUCCACGGAAACGGCAACGGUAACGGUCCUCACACCCAGGAACCGCGUCAGCAGCCCCGCCCCUCGCAGCACAAUGGCAAGGGUGGCGGCGCCGUCGGAUACGGUACCACGAACAACAGCAACAACAACGCUGGAGGGUCCUCUAGACAGCCGCAGCAGCAGCCUCAGCAGCAGCACUCUGAGCAGCAGGGUGCUGGGGAGGGAAGCAGUGAUGGUGCUGUGCCGCCUAGUUAUGCCGAGGUCGUGGCUGGGGAUAACAAGAUUCAGACUCGGGAUUAG